UGUUAUCUAUUCGCCAUGACAGUCAUUUGACUGAUGUAAACGAAAACAUGCAAGAAGAAACGACAAACGAUCCCGAUGAAAGUCUUCCCUCAUCGUCAGAGAAUAUCUGUGCUGGAUGUUUGAACAUCAUCGAUGAGGAAGAGUUCAUCUCGGCUCUUGGACAGGAGUGGCAUUUGGAAUGUUUCAGGUGCUCGGCUUGCGAUGCUGCACUGUCGAAUUGGUAUUUCGAAAAAGAGGGGCUGCUGUUUUGCAAGGAUGACUAUUGGGCCAGGUAUGGCGAGGCUUGUCAGCAGUGCAGUCAGAUCAUCACGGGGCCUGUUAUGGUGGCGGGUGAGCACAAAUUCCAUCCGGAAUGUUUCUGCUGCGGUUCCUGUAGCGCUUUCAUCGGGGAUGGUGAUUCAUACGCCCUCGUGGAACGUUCAAAGUUAUAUUGCGGUCAGUGUUACAAGAGGCAGAUGCAGCCGCUGCAAAAGACCGCUCGAUUCCCGUUUGCCAGGAAGCCGCAUUCUAUCAGAUUGGUAGAAAUCCCCGGAGGCCAAAAAGGCAUAAAGCUGACAAUGGACCCCAUAAACGGGGGAAACAGCCAGUGUUUUACGAUAUCCGAGUUGAUAUGGAGGAUCCGCGGAAAACUGCUUCGGGUGGCUUUUGCAUUUCUAACAUCCGCUUUUAAUAUUUGCUGCUAUUUCAUGCCUCCAUAUAGGCUGGACGUUAACAACGACCUCAUGUCGUUGCAUAUCGGCGACAAGAUUUUAGAAAUCAACGGGAUGCCCGUCCGGGACACCCCUUUGGAGAACGUGGAAAAUCUCCUUCGAUAUUCCGACACAGUCCUCCAGCUGACAAUCGAACACGACCCCGACACGAUAUCAAGAAACCUGGCCAACUUCACGGCCUCCACACAUACCAACGUCCCCCUAACUACGACUUCCAGCGAUACCAACAUCCCGAGCUCCAGGAACGUCCCCGCGGACACAAAGUCCUUCGGAUCCACCGACUCGGUGCACAACGACUACCACUCCAAUACGUUAACGGUGCCGCAGACACCCGUACAGCAGUCGAUAGACAACGGCGCGCUCAGGCAGGCCGCCAAGACCACGCAGGGCAGGGGAGAGAACAAAGAAAGGCUGUUCAAGAGGAAGGACGAGGGUUAUAUGGCGGGGACGAGAUCGAGGCAGUUGCGGCGCAAGAAUCACCCGUCGGAGAACAGGCAGAGUCUGGACAAGGAAAGGAGCUCGUCCAUGAGCCGUUUGUUAGACGACACACCCACGGCGAAGCGUUGCGUGGAACUGUCCCGGGCUUAUUCGUUUCUGGAGCCCAGGCCGCAGCAGAGGGUGUUCAGGGCCUCGGACCUGGUCAAGGGCGAGCUCUUGGGCCAGGGAUUCUUCGGUCAGGUGUUUAAGGUGACGACGCGCGACACCGCCGAGGUCAUGGUGUUGAAGGAGCUGUACCGCGUGGAUGAGGAGGCGCAGAAGAACUUUUUGAAAGAGGUGGCGGUACUGAGGAGUCUCCACCACAACAACGUGUUGCGGUUCAUCGGGGUCCUCUACAAGGAAAGGCGGCUGCAUCUGGUGACGGAGUACAUAUCCGGGGGGACUCUGACGGAACUGUUGCACGACUCGGCGCAACCGCUACCCUGGGAGCAGAGAGUGUCGUUCGCUAAGGACAUUGCCGCCGGGAUGGCGUACCUCCAUUCCAUGAACAUCAUCCAUAGAGACCUGAAUUCACAUAAUUGCCUCGUUCGAGACGACAAGACCGUCAUAGUCGCCGAUUUUGGGCUAGCCAGAAUAGUGUCGCACACGACCAACAGCGCGAGGAGGGUUUCUCCAAAAAAUACGGCGGGCGGUAAGCGCCAGGAACGUAAGAAGCGCUACACGGUGGUGGGGAACCCGUACUGGAUGGCCCCCGAGAUGAUGAAGGGAAAUAAAUACGACGAGAAAGUCGAUAUAUUUAGUUUCGGGAUCGUUUUGUGCGAGAUUAUAGGCAGGGUUCAAGCCGACCCGGACUUUUUGCCUCGUUCCAACGACUUUGGCCUGAACCAGAUGACGUUCAAGGAAAAAUUCUGUACAUCGUGCCCGGAGCCCUUCUACCAGAUCGCUUUCCUUUGUACGGAUCUCAACCCGGACAAAAGGCCCCCUUUCGAGGUUAUGGAGGUGUGGUUGGAGUCGCUCUCGAUGCACCUCUCCGUUGGAAUGCCCCUUCCGCCCGAUCUUCUCUUCGAUAUCCACCACUACCGCGGCCUCAGCCCCAGUUCCUCCGGCAGUACGACACCCGAGGGGAUACCGUCCGGACACAGGAGUCCGGCUUUAGAGCCCAUACGUGAGGGCAAGAUGGCGACGAUGACGAAAAGCACCGAGAAGAUAUCCAAGAACGGCGACAAGUCACAGAAAAGCUGCGAGAACCUCAAGCCCAUCAUAAAAGUGUCCUCGGCGGAGAAUCUGUUGAACAAUAAACGGGACAACGUGCUUAAGCCCAUCAUAAAGGUGUCCAGCAGCGACGCGCUGACCGAAAAGGUCUCAAACGACGAGUCGUGCACCAAGAGCUGCGAAAAUGUCAGCGACGGGAGGUACGACCGGCUCGUUACGGAGAAAAUCAACGAGAGCAUACUCAGAAACGACUCUCGGGAUUUCCCCAACUACGAGAACAUCGAUUUCUUGAAGAACGACGCCGCGUUCGCCGGCGACGCGGAGAAGCCCAUCUGCAUCCAGAAACUGGGGGAUGCCGACCUGAAGAAGGACACGGAGAGAGGGUACUGCAGUCUGAGCAACGUCUUGCCAAGGAAAUACCCCGUGCACCACGACAAUAACCUGAAGGACAACAAGUUCAACGUCCACCUGAGAAAAGUGCCAAAAAACUUCACCCGGAACCGAUUCGCCAAGGAGAUCAAGGAGAACGCUUUGCGGGACGACGAGGGCAGUUCCGUCAGGGAUAAAAUCAAGUUUCUCGCCAAGAGCAGGACGUUCGACGUCAACCCCCUGUCCGGAGCCGGGAAGAUGUCGAACCUCAACUUGGACUGUAUCGGAUUGAGGUCCACGACGUUACCGUCGCAGGUCACCGAGAAGUACGUAAAUAAAACCAAGAACGUCAACGUGAACAACGCCAAACCUCAGAACGUGCCAAUAUUGUACCAGAGAUCGUUGAGUAAUUUGGAGAGAUGCGACUCGGUGCCGGACGUGGUAUCGUCGACCCUACCCGGCAAACCUUCCUGUAGUUUCGAGAGGACGAACGACGGCACGAGAGCGCCGUUUAGUAUCAGCAGACAGAUUUUCAACCGCAGCGACUCGAGUCCGGAGGAGGGCAAACGCCAAAGCAACAACCGUUGCAGUCUAAUGAGACGGAAGUACACGGAGAACAGUCCCGUAAUGCGAAGAACGCCCGUUCUGCAGAGACGGGCCUCCGAGGAAUGCAGAAACGUGACGGAAAAUGAAACGUGCAGAGAUCCUCCCUCAAGCCCGGAAAGUAAAGACAAUCGAAUCGCUUCGGGUCUCAGGCUCGGUAGGGACAAUCCGAGGCUGUGCGACACGAAGCGGAUCGAAUCGGAUCCCAAGACGAAACCGAAGACCAUCGUGGAAUCGGAACGGUCUUCCAUACUGACGAAAUUGACUCCCAUCUUGCAGCGCAGGUCGGGGUUCCUGAGGUUGGACCAGGCGGGCGCGGCGAGUCCCGCCUCGAGCAAGAAGCCGUCCUCCCCGCCCGGCAUCGUCAGGAACAUGGUGGACAGCCUGAACAGGAAGGGCGGGCUGAGCUUCAGCAGCCGGGGGAAUUACGGCAGGAGCUCCCUGAAGGCGAUGGGCAGCCCCAGGGUGGAUUUGAAGAAGGUGGGACGCAGCUGCAGCCCGACGGAGGAAUACACGGCUUUGUAAAUAUCCAGUUUGGACGCGGAUUUAUUGAACUCUUUGGGAGAAGGUAAUUGCAGAGUUCUGCGGAGAAUCUAAGAGGGCUCGAUGGCAAAUAGCCCUCCGGCAAUGUAUUCUUGUAGAUUUUAUUAGACACUUUUGUCUAGAUAUGAAUCAAU